AAGAAGACGCUGUGUGUGAAAGCGGAAUGGCGGGAUGAGCAUGAACACCUGAACAUCGGAUUUUGGGCUCAGCUGCGAGCGUGGUACCGCACAACAUAAAAUGCCACCGCGAAGGCAGGCAGCAGGGCGGGGCGUGCGGACUAGGCUUUCCAGCGACGCAGGUGCAGUGCAUGCCUUGUUGAUAAAGUAUGCCAAGCGAGCCGAAACCAAUGGGGGCCUGAGGGACAUGUCCGAUCCGGAUGCUGAUGAACUACGGUUGGCCAUGACGAAUCUCAGCCAGGGUGGGCUGGAUGGCGCGAGCCAGCUUGACGAACACGGCACGCUGGAGUUCUGGGCGGCCACCUACUCGGUGCAAGCCUACGCGUUGCGUGACUACUGCGCACUGUAUACGGAUUUGCACCAGUUGCUGGAGCAGCGGCAGGCGCAGAGAGGCGGGGUGGUGGUGCACGUGGAGGAAGAGACUGGGGCGGUCCGGCGGGCGGCGCAACGGGUUACAAGGAUGGCGACCGUCCUCUCCUGCUUCCCAGCCAUCACGGCUUCAUGUCGUGCCUUCACCAAGACGUCCGUGGGGUACGAGCGGCGCGUGCUGGCGCUGCUGCGUGCCGACACGCUCAAGUCGUACGCAGCCGUGUUUGAGACGGUGGCGCGCAACGGGCUGCCGGCGGGGAAAAUGGGCGACAACGUCAUCUUAACGUGCGGCUCGCUGAUUCAAGGCAUCUCCGGUGUCAUGGGCGUACACACGGUGCCCUGCGACAGCAGCGACGACUACAAUCUGGAGAUCUACAGCGAGUUCGUGAAGGCCGCGGCGGAAAGCCACGUGCUGGACCACGCCUGUCGCAUCGUCCUGCGCGGUCUGGAAGCCGAGGCGACGGCUGCGCCGAAGUCUGUGCAGCGCGUGGGGCGGUCCCCGGACAUGGAUAUGCCAACGUUGCUUGGACACUUUCACCUGGCCAUCAACAAGACCGUGCUCUCGCUGGUGGCGCCGCUGGAGCUGAGGCAGUCUAACGGCGCACUGCACCCUCGGCCGCUGGCGGCGCCGCGCACGGGCACGGACCCCGCGCUGCUGGCGCUGCUGCCGGCCGUGCGGGGGGUGCUGAGCGGCACGGGCGUGCAGAUGUGGGCGGCCAAGCAGCUGCUUGACGUGGCGAACAUGGCGGCGACGAUGGGGCCUGCUGCGGCCACGACAGGAGCCGCGGAGGCUGAGGGCGCGAGCCGUUACCUCGGCUUGCCGCCCGCUGUCCGCACGCCGCCGCGCCUGCUGACGCACGCUGUGCUGCUCUCCAGCGGUCAUGCGGACGUAACCAACUCGCUGCAACUCGCGCUGAGUGUUGCCAGGGCAAUGUGGGAGAUGACGAUGUCGGGUCCGCUGGCACCUGUUAUGAGGAUGCCGGGGGCGCCGGCGGAAGGCAGCACAGCAAGACGCGGCGUCGCCACAGCAGCCGGUCCCGCGGCCGGUGGCUCGGCGGCCGGUGGUGCGUCGGGCGGUGGCUCGGUGGCCGGCGGCUCGGCGGGCGGUGACUCCGCGGCCGGCGGCUCGGCGGCGAGUGGCUCGGCGGCGAGUGGCUCGGCGGCAGCGAGGACCAGCAGUCUCUACCGGCUGCCGCGCUCCAUUCCGCUCAGCGCGGGCCAGGUGUGCGCCCUGAUCACCACGGCCCUGAACGGCGUGGUGGAGCCCCAGGCCCAGGGCCAGGCGCUGUACGCCGUACGCCGCGGCUCCCAAGUACAGGGCGAGAUGGCGAGUAUGGUGGCGCUCGCCUGCCGCCUGGCGUCGGAGCUGCAGCCGCAGCGCGCCGCCGCCGUCCUACGCAGGCUGUGGAAAACAGCGGCCUCGUGGCUUGUGCACAUGCGCGCGCCCGAGGCACACGUUGCGUUAAAGCGCAUGCUGGCGUCGCUGGGCGCACUGCUUCUACACGAGUAUCCGGGGGAGGGCGCGGCGAGCGCGAGGCCGCAGCGGGCGACCGCAGCUGGUGGCCAGGUCAAGGCCGACGGCCGCACGCUGGCGUUUGCUGUCGCCCUGGAAGCGGGCCUCGUGGAGUGGCUUGCUGCGGCGCUGGAGGGCGCUCUUGCAGGCGCGGCGGAGUGGCAUGUCCCAGCCUACGGCGUGGCCAUGCUUACCGACUUAUUGCUGCGGCCCUCGUGUGCGCUGCCUCCGCUGCUGGCGCAUGCCGACGGCACGAGUCUGUUUCGCCUUCUGGAGACGCUGCGCAUCGCUGGUGAGACCACCAGGGACCAGAUGACGCUUCGCGGCCAAGACCCCCAGGCAACCAAGGAGUAUGUGCUUGUGGGUGGCAACGUAAUGUGCAUUAUUGUACAGCUGCUGGAGCAAGUGACGGCGGUGUACAUGCGAGCGCCGCCAGAGGGUCUGGAGAGUUGCAUCCAUGGCCCGGGCGACAGCAGCAGCGGCAGCAGCGCGGGCGGCGUGCCUGGUGCGGCUGCGGCCGGGUCGGGCGGCCUACCUGGUCAGCCCGUUCCGGACGCCGCCGCCGCCGCCAUCGACCGCACGGCGGCGGCGUUGCUGACUAAAACGUGCCGUUCGCAGGUGCCCAAGCAGCGGCUGCGGCGGAUGUGGCUGAUGACGCGUGGGAGAAAGCCCUUUGCCGUGCUGGCGCUGUCGCGUCUGCUCCCGACGCUGUUCCCAUUCAGGCAGGCCGCCUUCUUAGACGCAGGCGCACGGGACUCAGUGCUGGGCCUCACCACCGUCUACACGGCCCCGGCGCUGCAGCUGCUGCGGGUGGUGCUCGCCUUGCCCGCCGGCAGCAGCUGUGCAGCUUCGCCCACCGCGGCAGCGCGCCAGACCGCGGCCCUGAGGGAGUCAAGGGCCGAGUCGUGGCGCGGGCUGCUCAUGGCCGAUGAGGGCGUGGCGUUGACGUGGGUGGCGGCGGUCCUCGCCGCCGCCACCGCGUGCAAAUGGCCUGAGGUCACCGCGGCGGCGCUCGACCUGUUGGAGGUGCUGGUGCUGGCGCUGCCGCCAGAGGCCGUGGCGGCGCGGGUGCAGCUGGUGCGGGGGGCGGGCGUCGCAGGGGCGGCAGCGCUGCCGCCCGCAGGUCGGAUGCUACCGCUGGUGCUGGGCGAGGGCUGGCUGCGGCAGCAGGGCCGGGAGAAGCUGGCGGCGGCUCUGACGGAGAGGGCGUGCCGCAUGUCGCGUGGCGCGGACGGCGGCGGCAGCAACAGCAGCAGCGGUGGCGGUGGCGGUGGCGCCGGUGGUGGCGCUUGGCCGUUGUGCACCCAGUGGACAGAUGCCGACCUGCAGCUGUGCGAAGCUGUGGCUGGGAAGCACCAGCUCGCCUCAGUUCCGGAGGUGCCCGCGCCCAUUGAGGUGAUGUGGCUGCUGCCGAAGGAGCUGGGAGUCAAGGUCUGUGCCGGGCCGGGCUGCUCGCAGCUUGAUCCGGGCAAGGUGGCCUCAUCCCAUCACGCGUGCGAGGGCUGUGCGGUGGCCGCCUACUGUUCCGCCGAGUGCAAAGCGGCGCACGUGCGGGCGGGGCACCAGAGGCUGGAGUGCGCCGGCAUGCGGGCGGGCAGGGAGACGUGCGAGAGUUUGUACGCUGGCCGCUGGCCGGAACAGUGGGCGGUGUGACCUGGUGUGGAAUGUUGCCUGCCAUGCCAACGAACCACCGGGGCCAGACCCUGUAGGUGGCCGGCAGUCCCCGGCAGGCAGUCGAGGCCAGGACACCAGGACAGUACGUGGCAUUGAUUAGACGCCGCCAGCGACAGGUGGCGCGCAGGUGAUAGCGGAGGGCUGCGGACUCAGUGCUAUCGACGCAGUUGAUGCUGAUUUCGGGGCCUGGGCAAGGCUGACAGUUAGGGCUGACAGUCGCGAAUUCACGAUACCGGUACAGCGGGGCUUGUAGAGCAAGGCAGAUGACCAGUCGACGAGCUAGUUGAUACGCCACAUCCGCCACCACGCCAGGUCACGACAGAGCAGGGCUUGGGCGUGGAGCCAGGGGCGGUGCAAUGUGUCGCACACUCGCAUCCUUCGGGGGAGUAAGCCAAUGCGGCAAUGCGGGAAAUCAAAAGUAGCUGGAUGUAUCGGUGUUCGGUACUAUGGUAGCAAGACUGGCUGAGAGGUCUAUAAUACCAGUUGAGCCUCCUGUCCGGCCUAAUGGGUCCUGUCCGACGGUCCGAGCAUGCUGUGCAGCCUCUGCACCCAACCGGGUCGGGUUACUGUGUGUUCGUGAUGGAACAUGGCAAGGGGCAGGAAAGCGUAGUCCCGAUGUGUGUGGCUCCCACCCGUGCCCACAUAAAUGCGUAGCAAGAAGGGACAAGGCAUUGGUGCGUCGUUCGCGCGCUGUUACUGUACCGACGGUAGCUGGCAGGUU